CUCUUGCAGAGCGUAGUUUCCUUCUUUUUGUACUCGAUUGUACAUUGAUUACCUGUAUGGAUUUUUGAGCCAUAAUGGCAGCUUGUUAGUUACAGUACGUAGACUAAUACGGUUACUAGAGCAACAGCAGCAUGGUUCGAGUGGUCUUUUUGCACCCUGAUUUGGGAAUAGGAGGUGCGGAGCGACUGGUGGUGGAUGCAGCUGUUGCCCUGCGCUCACGUGGAUGCAGUGUAAAGAUCUGGACAGCACAUUACGAUCCACAGCACUGCUUCUCAGAAACGCUCUCACCGGACCUGCCUGUGGAGUGUGUUGGCGACUGGUUGCCCACCAGUGUGUGUGGGUACUUCCAUGCCAUCUGUGCCUACCUGCGCAUGAUUUAUGUAGCCCUCUACCUAGUGUUCCUGAGCGGAGAGGAAUACGAUGUGGUUUUCUGUGACCAGGUGUCUGCAUGCAUUCCUGUCCUGCGUCUGGCACGCCACAGGAAGAAGGUCCUCUUCUACUGCCACUUCCCCGAUCAGUUGCUAACUGAGCGCCGUUCUCUGCUCAAGCGUCUCUACCGUGCGCCCAUAGACCGCCUGGAGGAGUUCACGACCGGUUUGGCCGACCUCAUUGUAGUCAACAGCAAAUUCACCGCCGACAUCUUCAAACAGACCUUCCCUAACCUGGCAGAGAUCCAAACAGAUGUCCUUUACCCCUCUCUGAACACGUCCACUUUUGAUAAGAAAGUCAAAGACCUUGACGGGUUGAUCCCUGAGCACCGCCGCUUCCUAUUUCUCUCGAUAAAUCGCUAUGAGAGGAAGAAAAACCUGCCGUUAGCAUUGCAAGCGCUGGCUGCGCUAAAGGAGCGGAUUUCAGCUCCCCAGUGGGAACAGGUACACCUAGUGAUGGCAGGUGGCUAUGACGAGCGGGUGGCUGAGAACGUGCAGCACUACGCUGAGCUGCGCUCUCUAGCCGCCACUCUCAGCCUAGAGGAGCACGUCACCUUUCUGCGCUCCUUCUCUGACCAGCAGAAGGUGGCACUGCUAAGCAAAAGCACUUGUGUCCUUUACACUCCCAGCGGUGAGCACUUUGGAAUUGUACCAGUUGAGGCCAUGUACAUGCAAUGCCCCGUGAUUGCCGUAGCCUCCGGAGGACCUCUGGAGUCCGUGGCGGACGGAGAGACAGGCUUCUUGUGCCAGCCAACAGCCGAGAGCUUUGCCGAAGCCAUUCAGAGAUUUGUGGUUGAUCCGGAGCUCAAGCAGUGUGUAGGGAAGGCAGGAAGGGACAGAGUGCUAGGGCGCUUCUCUCUGCAAGCUUUUACCGAUCAGCUUUAUCAAUAUGUCAUCAGUUUGGUCAACUGAUCCUUUGACACCCUCCUGCUGUUAUUCUACUGACUUGGUGCUGAAAGAAUGUACUCUCUAAUUAAAGAAGAGAGCCUUGAACAUGUAGGGAAUUGACCUAUCGAACACUGGAGCUGGAGUGACAGUACAGGACAAUGUGGAGCAGCUGCUGACUGAGAGGUUCAUGAUUUACUCUGGACAUUGAAUGUGUGUCUGUGUGUGCAUCUAUGAGAUGAGAUGCUUUUAUUGCUAAGUAGCAGAUGUCUUACGAUACGUAACACGGAACGUUUUCCGACACAGGACCGUUAUUUUAUAUAUGGGUUUGGGAUUUAUUUGUGACCGUUCGCUUCCUUAUCAGAGAUUUAAUGAAAAAAAUUUUCAUCAAUAAACAAAUUGGUGCACAA